AUGGUCGCCCGUCUUUCUUUCUGUUGCGGCAGUGGUCCCGGCGACCUUGAUGAUCCAUACACGCAGCACUGCCAGCGCAACAACACUCUCCACGCCCUCCGCCCCAUGGCCAGCCCAUCGCAGCUUCACAGGGACGCUUUCCAUGCAGGCAGCUUCCGCUACCACAGGGACGUGCGUGGCGCGCCGCCCACGAGGGCCCUGCCUGCACUCCCUGUCGUUGAGCAUUACGCCCGUCCGGCCCCCUCGUCCUCGUUCGCGCCGAGACCCGUCAAGUCGUACCGACCUCUGCCGCCGAUCAAGAUAUCCAAGUUUGAUGUCGAGGAGUUCAAGGGGGGGAAUAGUAAUGUGGCGGCGGCGCUGCAGCAAGAGAGGCCAGAUACCUCGGCGCUCUUGGGGUUCGGUCCUCGGGGCACCUUGAUCAUGCAUUCGACGACGACGCCGCCGCCGCCCCCUCCUCUGCCGCCCAUGCCACCGUUCUACGACAACGGACUUCCCUCUCCAGCAUGCUCUCUCCCACGUUCUCCGGCAGGCGUGCCCUUUACGCCUUCUCCAGUCACAACUCUUCCACUUUCUGCUGCAUGGAGCGUCACGGACAGCGGCUGCGAUGGCUCGCAGCAAGUCGAGAUGAUCGACGUGUACAUGGCCCCCGUCUGCGAGAUAUGCCACCAGUACGACGCGCUCAGUACGGGCUUCUGCUUCCGCUGCGAGCACCUCUGGCAAAGCGCCGUCACAGGUUGCAGCACGUUCAUCCCGCGCGACACUGCGGUGCCCGUGCCCGAUCCUGCGGCCGUCGCUCGCGCCUCCAAGCAGACCACCGACGCUGCAGCGGUGGGCGAUGCUCGGUCCUCGGCCUGGAGCAGCCACGUCUCGUCGGUACUGUCGCUGUUCGGCGAAGAGUUUGACCCUGGUCUGCCGUUGCCGUUUCUCGGAGACCUCCCGCACUACUCGGACGCGAGUAGCAGCUUGAUGGUCGAGCCCCUGCGGAUCAAGACGACGACGACGGCUGGGACCGGCGUGAAGGAGGAGGACUGUCACCCGCCGACAAAGUGUGAUCCGCCGGUCAUCAGGGAACCGGCAAGCAGCAAGACUGCAAGACAGUGUGCCUCGCCAGUGACCAAGACAAUGGAGAGCGGUCAUACGCCGACAAAGGUGGCUUCACCCCGCGCCAGGGAGAUCAAGAGCGACAGGGCCCCGACAAAGGCUGCGUUGCUCUCAGGCCAACGAUCAGCCGUUUCGGAGCCCGACAUGCGCCCCUAUUUCGUGCCAGAGCGGUUGCAGAAGCGUUCUCUCAUAAUGCCGCCCCCGGCGUUUGAACCCAGUCGGCUCUCGGAGGCAGUGCGCUCCCUGCUGCCGGGAGCCCCGACGCGGAAGCCCGGGCCGCGCUCGGCCGAGAGCCAACUGUACGCUGCAAUGUCGUAUUACUUUGAGCCGUCCUACUUCAAGAGGUCGGAGCCUAUCAGGGUGGUCAGUGUGCGUCCAGUACCUCCCAUGGUUGUCCAGGGGCUUAAGAAGUUGAUCAAGGGCGGUGCGAGGAACUGGAUUUGA